AUGGGAAAUGGAGCCUCGACAGAGACUGGUAAUAUAAUUGUAGAAAACCCCCAAAAUCCUGGUUCACAACAAUUACGCAGCAGAAACACAACACCUUCUAAUAUGGCAUCUAAAGCUAGGAAAACACCUACCCCACAAAAGUCAAGAGACUCUUCAUUUAAUGAAGAAAAAGGAAGAGAUAUAGACGGUAGUUUUGAUGGUAUAGUGAUACAUGUAGCACAAUCUGGAUUCUCCGAAAAUCAAAUAGAGGUCAGAGAAGGUCAAAGCAUACAAUUUUUAUGGGAAGAUAAAUCUUCUAAAUUAAGUUUAUUACAAGUUGUACAUGAUGGUGAGAAAUUACGACCUGUUAUUGGUGGAUACCAGUCUAAUCCUGAGGACUGUGAUGGCCUGUUUAGACAACAGUUUAAUCUGGAGGGAGAAUAUAAAUUUGCUCUAUCUGGAAUGAGAUGUACUCCUCUCAAUGUUAUUGUCAAGAAAAGAUCAGACUAUGAUGCUAGAGUAACAGAUAAUGGAUUCCAACCAGAGAUUAUUAAUAUAGAUAUAGGACAUUCAGUAAAAUGGUGGUGGAAGAACUGUUCGGUACCACAUACCAUACAAGAGAUCACCUACAUCAUGGAUAGAGGAUGUUUCCAGAAACAAUCUGUUACUCCUAGUAUGGUUGCCACAGUAACUGGUGCCUACAAACAUACAUUUCAACGAUCUGGUAUUUAUUAUUUUUUAUCUGAAAGUGGACAAGAAGUAGGAAAAACACAUCUUUGUGUUGUACAAGUACAUGAUACAUGCAGAGAAUACAAAUUAGAGGUAUUGGACAGUUCAUUUCAACCUAUGAUAUUAUUAAUAGAAGAAGGAGAUAGAGUUUGGUUUCAUUGGGAUAAAAAUAAGUGUAAGAAAUCCCACAGUGUAUAUGAAAUUGAAGCCCCACCACUAGGAUACAGUGAUGAUGAACCUUAUAUCCCAACUAAAGAUGGGUUUAGAUGGUCAGCUCCAAGCAAACAAGGUUUAUUAUCUCAUCAAUUUCAUAAAACUGGAGUAUUUUAUUUUUCGGAUCAGAAUUUUGAUGAAGCGGCAGAAUAUAUUGGAUCUGUUAUUGUUAAACCUAAACAAAAAGAACAUGUUAUUCAAUUAACAAGGGAUGGUUUUAGUGCUGAAUUAAGUUAUAUCAGUACAGGAGAUAGAAUAUGGUGGAAGUGGGAUGGUGAAACAGUCACUAAUUUUAUUGAUAAUUUACUUAUAAUAGAAGAUGAUAAAUGUUUAAAUCCAGCCACUAAUAAUAGAACUAGUGAACCCAUAUCAGAAGAUUUAUAUCAUAUGUUAGAUGAAGAAUCAGCUAGCUUAAUAACUAUGUCUGGUUUAGCUACGUGUCAAUUUACAACAAUUGGAGUUUAUCAUUAUAGAAUAGCAGAAACAGAUGAAAAUAUUAAUACCUGUUCUGUCAUUGUUAAUCCUGGAUCCAAGAAUAACACCGUACAUUUAACAGAUGAUGGUUUUGAACCCAAAGUUGUGACAAUAAGACCUAAUGAUAGAGUCUGGUGGGUGUGGCAAGGUUGUAAAAAACAGCAUAAUAUUAUACAGGUGACUCAUCAAGGGAGUUAUGUUGAAAAAGGAUUUUCUAGUGGAUUGACAAGAGAUUCACCAUCAGCUUAUGUUCAUCAGUUUAUCAUGCCUGGUGUAUAUUAUUUUAUUAGUGCUAAUUUACCCAAAUUAUUUGGAGCAGUUGUAGUUUCUUCACAACCACAAGUACAUGAAGUUAAAGUCAAUGUAAAAGAAUUAAUACCAGACCCUAUUACUAUACAACUAAAUGAUAUAGUUUGCUGGGUGUUCCGACAGCCUCAAAAACAUGCUAUACUUGAUGUUAAGUCGAAUGAAUCUCUUCAUGGUUCCUUAUUUUCUCCUAGGCGAUGUCAUGGUUUAGCUGUUACAACUUGUGGUAUCAGCCAUUAUAAUAGUUUAUCAUUUCAUUAUGGUAAAUUAGCAAGUAAAGAAGAGAAAAUAUCAAGUAGUGUUAUUUGUGAUGAAAGAAAUGAUAAUGCUGUUGUAAGAGUAGAUAAACAUGGUUUCCAUCCUACCAAAGUUUAUCUUAGCAAGGGUCAUUCUGUUUUAUGGAAUUGGAAAGGAACAAAUGAAGAACAUAAUAUAAUACAUGUUAAUUCACCCAAUUCAGAUCAACCAUUAAAUGUAAUUGAAGGAAUAAAAUCCUUUAACAGUGGUAAAUUAUUACGUAAUAAUAGUUUUCUCUACACAUUUGAUGAUGAAGGUGUUUAUACUGUUGCUUCACAAGGAGCUCCUGGUUAUUCUUGUAAUAUUUACAUCAAAAGUCAUGCUAACAGAUCAAGUCAGCCAAUGAUAGUGGAGGGAAAUGGUGGAAUAGUUGAUAAGAAUCACUGUGUAGAGCUAUACUGUGAUACCCCAGAAUCAGAUAUAUAUUACACUACUGAUAGUUCACCACCCAGUCUAGCUUCAUCUAAAACUAAGGAUAUAUAUUAUACUACUGAUAGUUCACCACCCAGUCUAGCUUCAUCUAAAACUAAAAAAUAUGACAAGAAAAAUGGUGUAAUAUUAAGCCGUAAAGGAUAUUGUUUUAUAAGAGCUAUAUCUGUUGCUGAAAGUUGUAUGGUUAGCCACACCUUUACUUCAAAUCGUUUUACAGUUCAAUCACAUGAUAAUGAUGAUGAUGAUAAUGAAUCAGAUGUAGAGGUAGAAGUUGUCAAUGAAAAUAUACAGAACUCUGCUAAGUCAAACAGCAGUGACUGGGAUUGGUUAAACUGUGCUCCACAAAUUAAAGGAUGUUUUACUGGACCUGGUGAAAUGGAAUUAUUUUGGGAACAAGCAGCAGAAGCCAAUAGACAUUUGAUUAAAGGAUAUAGUGUGUUGCUAAAUGGCGUGAGUUAUUGUCCCUUGUUUCCUGCCCACAAUAAUAGUCUGAAUAUAACAGGUCUUGCAGGAAAUAGAUUUUAUCAGAUAUUUGUGGAGGUUUAUUCUAAAACCAAUAAUAGACCUCUCAAAUCUAAUGUCUUGAAUUUACGAUGUCCUAUCAAAACAAACGAAGGCGGACCGGUAAUAUCAUUAGAAAUACCUGAUAAAAAGGACUCCAUAUCUAUCGUGUGGAUGGCUAUAGAUAGUCCAGAUUGUCAAAUAGAAGGUUAUAGUGUAUAUAUUAAUGAUCAACAGUGUGGGCCUAAGUUAGUACCAGAUCCUAACAGUAAUAGAUGUAAAGUUAUAAUUGGUAGUUGUUCCUAUGAUAUACCAUAUAAAAUAUUUGUUGAUGCUAUAGUAUCAGGUACUGGUGAAACUAAGAUGUCUAAUGUUAUUGAAAUGCAGCUACCUCUAGAUACAAGUGGUAUUACCUUACCACCACAGAAUGAGAGAGAUAAUGAUGAAGAGAUAUAUUGUGAAUAUGUUGAAAUACAUGAAGGUUCUGGCUAUUUACCACAAAUGGAUGAUGAGAAGAAUACAAAAGAAGAAGUUAUUGAUAUGAAUUACUCAAAAGGUAUUGAGCCAUUAUCAGAGAAAAAAAGAUCUAUGAAGACAUAUGCUUCUAUGGAUACCUACUCCAAAGCAUUUCUAGAGAAAAAAUCAAAUAAUAUUGAUCAAAGUCGACAAGAAUUCUUCAUAGAAGAUGAUCUCAAAAGAAAUUUCACUGCCCCUAGACAAUCACAGAAAUCAUUUUAUGCUGUAGCCAAAUUUAUGAUGAACUUUAUUAGAGCUCAAAAACGUUUGCAAGUGUUCAAGAAGGGUCCCAAGAAGCUGCCACUAAAUUGGGGAGUACUAAAGAACGUUUUUCACAAAACAGUACAACUUCAUGGUCAUGUUGAAGUUGGAAAGAACAUUCCUGAAUUAGAUCCUGAACCCGAGGAGGAAGUCAAAGUAAAGCCAUCAAAAAGAUUGCCCCUGAAUAAACUAAAAAGAUUUGUAAAUGUCAAGCAACAGUUAUCUCGAGUUGUAAAACCAUCACAACAACAACCUACACCAGAAGUUCAAAAGAACCCUUCAUACACAGAAACAAAAUUUGAAUUACCAAAACAAAAUUCCUUCAGUCGAUCAGAAACUGAAACAAGACAUCUGAUGCCAAGACAAAACUCACAAUCAAGAUCUGAUCACUCUGAAACUAGAUUACAGUUACCACGGCAACACUCCCAAGGUUAUCAGUCUGACAGAAGACUUCAGUUACCGCGUCAAAGCUCACAAGGCUAUUCAGACAGUUCUGAUCGAGGAUUGAACAUGCCACGACAGAUGUCUCAGUCCCACUCUGAUUACUCAGAAACCAGAUUUGAGUUACCAAGACAACAUUCUCAUAAUCCUUCAGAAUAUGCCCAAAGAUCACGAGAAGGGUUUGCCAAGAUGAGAAAUGUUCGAUCAGAAGACGAAAGGAGAUAUCAUCAGCAUGAUCCAAGAAAACAUACAUCUCAUAACAGAACAUCAUUUGAUUAUUAUCAAGAUGAUAUUGAAGAGGUCUCCUUUGAUUCAGAAUUUGAUGAUUCCACAGAUAGAUCCUAUAGAGUAGUAGAACGUGCUGAAGACUCUGGCCAAUUUGGUGAACAAAGUAGAGGACCUGGUCGUCAUGGUAAAACAGGCAACUAUUUCCAUGAUUUGUAUGAAAGACAAUUAGAAGUGGAUUAUGACACACCAAGAAGGAGAAUGCAUCAUGAUUUGGAACAAACAGAUUCAGAAAUAUAUCAUUAUGAUUCUUUGUAUGGCAGAAAACCAGAGCAUACCCAAAAAAUAAUAAAAGAUAAUUUCCCAUAUAAGGAUGAAAUUGGUAUUUAUCCUCCACAGUUAAAUUACUAUGAUAGAAAAGUUUUGCCACCUAAAGAAUAUGGCGGUAUGCUUGACCGCUAUUUGGAAUGUUAUCAGCAAAUGCCACCAGAAGAUCAAAGUACAUUCACAGAAGAUCAAUAUUUACAAGGGAAGAGUGAUGAAAAGGGAGGUAAAAAACGCCCAGGAAAUACAUUCCAUAUUGAUUCUAUGGAGAGUGAAUCUGAAACUGAGACUGAAGAUUCAGAUGUAGCUUCAGAUGAUGACAAUAAUCUUGAACAGAAUAUUGUGAUCCUUGAUGCUGCCAGUAACAGAACACAUGACACUGUACAUUCCAAAUCCAAAAAGAAACAUAGAAGACGAAAAGACAAACCGAAACGUAAGAGGAAACAUUUCUCACCACGUAAAGCAAGUUAUGUGGAUGUUGAUGAUGAUGAUGAUGAAGACUAUGCUGAUGGAGGAAGACAGGGUAAUGAACAUCAGAGAAGACAUGGUAAGAGAAAAUCUGGUAGAACUACAGCUAUUGUGGAAGUACAGCAAACAGUAGAAUUGGAUGUACAAGAUAGUCGUUUUGGUGAUAAUAAUCAAGAAAUUACAGAACAGAAAAGAUUAGCUGUACCAGUCUCUUCUAGUGCUAAUAUGUUACCAGUUGGUGAAGGCGAGUUUAUAUUGGGAGAUGGAGAUGGUAUUUUACCAGCACCAUCUAUAAUGGUAGAAUCUCGUGGUAAAAGAGGUGUUCGAGUUGUAUGGGAACUACCAGAAAGUCCUGAUCCCAAUUAUAAAUUAAUAUUAUAUUGUGUUAAUGUUGUUGGUUAUAAAUUCUCUAAAGACAUCAAUAGUGACAUCAGUUUUGAGUGUAAUCUUGUAGAAAAAGGAGAACAAGUACGAGGUGUUCAACAUUGUUGGAAUGUACAAGGAGAAGAAAAAUGUAAUAUUAAAGGAUUAUUACCAAGUCUUACUUACAGGAUUUAUGUUAUUGCCAACUAUACCCAUCUACAUGGUGAUGAAGCUUGUGAAAUUCAAACAACAUCAUCAGUAUUAUAUUAUACUACCAUGGGACCACCUAAACCUCCUACUACUCUUGUUAAAAGUGUAGAUUUCUACCAGGCAACUAUGGAAUGGGAUCCACCAAGUAUUGUACAUCCAGGUGUUAAAAUAAAAGGUUAUCAGUUGUAUGUUGAUAAUAAACCAUUAGGUGAUGUUAGAAACAGUGAUGUAAGACAGAUGGUGAUAAAUAAUAUGAUACCAGGUAAAACUAUAUCAGUCCAUGUAAUAGCUGUAACAUCUAGAGCUAGUCAAGAGAGUGAUCCUUCUAAAACUAUUUACCUGUCUUGUCCCAGACGACCUCCAUCACCAACAAUCACACAACAACCAUCAUUUAAACAAGGCUGUGUACUUAUAGCCUGGGAUAAACCUAAAGAAUCAACUUCUUCUAAUAUUGAACAGAUAUCAGCCUAUUGUGUAUAUAUUGAUGGAAUAUGGCAUGGUGAAGUUAAAGCUAAUAAAAUCAGUGAUAAACAGGGUUAUCAAUUCUUUCUUACUGAUUUAUCUCCAGAACAAUGUUAUGAUGUCUCAGUUAAGUCUGUUUGUGGUCAGAGAGAUGUUGAUAAAGAAACACAGCAUGUCUAUUGUUUAAGUGAUAGUCCAAUGUCUAAUAUUGUGACUGUACGAGCUCCAGCAGCCCCUAAAUCUCCUACUCUCAGACUAGAAGGUUUACAUCCAGAUGGUAUAGAUGUAACUUGGCAAGUUCCUCAACAGUUUGGUGAUGCUUCUAUAUCAGGUUAUCAAAUGUUGAAAGACAAUAAAUUAUAUGGUGCAGUUAUUCCCCCUGAUGUAAAUAGUUUGAAGAUUAAAGACAUGUCAUUAGGAGAGAAGGUUAAUCUACAACUAAUAGCUCUAACAGAACAUCCAGUGGGUAAAACUGAUGGUAGUCUAGCUGGUGAUAAAGAUUCUGGACUAGGUGGUUCUACUAUACCUGAUGAUAAACGAGAUAUAUUUAUGGGUGAAAGAUAUUCAGGAUGUAAACCAGGCCCCAAAUUAUCCAUACAUUAUACUGGCCUAGUACAAGCUCCAACUGAAGUGCGAUGUGAAAAGGUCACAGGUCACUCAGCUUUGAUUGUAUGGAAUAAAGAAAAUGGCAGUAAACCUCACUUUGUUGGAGCUGAGAAUUACCAAGUAACAUGGUGGCCUGGUAGUAAACCACAAGAUGAUAUUAACAGUGACAGUACUUCAGAUGAUCAUCUAAUAAUAACUAAUUUAAAACCCAGUACUUGUUAUACAAUAGUGGUAGAAGCUAGGAAGAUGGAGAAAUACACUGAUAUUGAUGAAUCUUUAUAUGAUAGAGAGACAUCAGAUGGACUCAAUUCAUUUAUAUUAACAGCCAAAUCUAAACAUAUCUCCUUGACAACAGCCAGUCCUCCUAACCCACCUCGUAAUCUAGGUGUUAAAGCUACAACUUGUAAUAGUCUACAAGUUAUAUGGGAUCCGCCAGAGGAACAUGGUGCUGAAGUUAUAGGAAUUCGUAUUGAGUGUGUUGCUGCUGAUGAACAAGAUCAACAUUUUGUCACAGUAGACCUAAUGCCAGAUACAAAAUGUACAGAUAUUAAUACUCUUCAUGAAAAGAAAGACUACAAUGUUCGUGUUAUUGCUGUUACUGAUGAAUACUUUGACAGACUACCUGAUAAACAUCCUUUAAAGAAAUCCAGAACACUACCUAGAGAUGUCCUGGUAUCUACUGAAGACUCAGUCUGGUUGCCCAGUUCAAGUAUCUUGGCUAAGACAGCAGGUACUGAAGCUCCUGCUAAUUUGAAGAUCACUGAAUCAUCAAGGACUUCAUUGACCUUGACAUGGACUCCACCUAUAAUAUAUGGUUCCAAUAAACUACUAGGACAGAUUAUUCGUUGGUCUGAUGUCAAGAGAAACAAAGGUGAACAUGGUAUGAUUAUAGCCAAUCAUGUCAGUGUCUUGCCUACAGAAGAUAGGAUUAAACUUGAUGAUCUAUGUCCAGGAGCUCAAUACAAGAUAGUUGUGGAGGCUGUUGUUAGCAUUAAAACUUCAUUGGAAAGAGAGAAAAGUGGAUCAGGUAUUGAACAGUAUAGAAGAACUGCUCAUGUCAUGUCUAAACCACUUCUAGCUAGAACUCGAGCUCCAAUAGAACCUCCUCGUUUACUCCUGACCUCCUUUGAUAAAAAUCAAGGUUACCUCUACUGGGAGAAACCUCCAUUGUUAUCUGUUAUUGGAAAGGAUGAUGAAGGAAAACCAAAGUACCUUCGACGUUACUUAGAAGGUUAUAAAUUAGAGAUUAAUGGUAAAUUACAAUGCUAUCUUGGACCAUCAGCUCAAACCUGUACCCUGACUAAAUGUAAACCUGGUAAAGCUUACAGUGUGGUGUUGGUAGCUGUCACUUGUACAGAGGAAUCUAAGAAGACCAGAAAACAGAAGUUGAAAGGAUUCUUUAAGAAUGUUGAUCCACAAGAUAUUGACUAUGCUGCUAUAUUAAAUGAUGAUGAAAAUUUAGAUGAAUCACCAUCAGAACCAUUAGAAAUCUGUUUACCUAGAGAUCAAGAAGGAUUCUUAUCAUCUCUUCAAGCUGUAUAUAAAAAUAAAGGUAGUGAAGAAAGUGAUGGUGUAGGCGUAGCACAUUUAAAAUGGAAGAUUCAAGGACGUACCAACCUAAUAAAACAGUUCCGUGUUAUAUGGUAUUGUGUAGAAGAUAGAAUUAUACAGACUAAAUAUAUCACAUCUGACAGACAUGACUGUAGUAUUCCUGUCACCAAGAUCAAGACUUUAUACAACUUUACUGUAGAACCAACAUAUUAUACUGAUGUAAUAUCACAGACAAUACAAGAUGUACAGAUCAUGAUACCUGGACCACCUGAUGCACCUGAUAUCUAUCUCCGCUCUGUAGAUACUGAAGAAUUUAUCAUUGAAUGGGGUGAACCUAGAGUUUUUGGUGGUGUUAAAGUCAAAGGCUAUCAGGUGUAUAUGAACGAUAAGAAAGUUGGUGCAGAACUCAGUAAUUCUCAUAGAAAAGCUGUUAUCCCAUGUCGACCCAAUAGGAUCUACAGAAUAAACUUGGUGGCUCUCAGUGCUAAUUCUCAAUACAGUGAUUCUCUUAAAUCAAAUACCUUACUAAUUAAUACUUCUACUAAUCAACAUCAGACUGGUGAUGUAGUUACUAUUGAUGACUGGGCUUCUACUACCGACGACAGUGAUAUACCAGUGAAAAUUACUAAGGUAUUAGAUACUGGUAUACAUCUAGAUUGGAGUACCUAUUAUCCUUCAGAGGAGGUGGCUUAUUAUAAAGUUCAGUGGAGCUCUGUUGCUCAACCUACGCAAAGAGAAGUUCAAUUGUCUGCAAAAGAUACAAACUGUGUAAUAAAUAAAUGUUUACCAGGAACUAACCAUUUUGUACGACUCGUUGCUUUUGACUCAGGCGGACAGAUAUGGGAGAAAUCCAGACAAAUGACAAUUCAGACGUCUGCACCACCUGAUGCUCCAAUAUUAUCUAUCAGAGCAAGUAAUUUCCGGUAUUUAGCUAUACAAUGGGAGAAACCUAGUGAAUAUGGUGAUGCUAUAAUAGCAGGAUAUAAAGUAUUUGUUAAUGGAAUUGUUGAAGCACAUUUAGCUGCAGACCAACUGAGUUAUACUUUUACUAAUGGUAGAUGGUGUCAUGAGUACUCAUUUCAAGUUCAGGCUAUGACAUCAGAUGAGAAAAUGAACAGUAGAGUGUCAGAUCAACUAAUAGUAACUUGGCCUGGAGCUAAAUCACCAGCUAUCCAUCGUAUUCCAUCAGUUAGUAGUUCUACAUUACGUGUCGGUUGGGAAGAUCCUCAUCUUACUGAUGGAAUUAAAGUCAAACAUUUCAAACUAUGUUGUAUAGAAGAGGAUACAGAGAAGUUAGUCCAAUCUGUUGGUCCAAUACAUCCUAAAACACGAGAAGCAGAAUUUAAUCAUCUAAAGAAAGGCAGCUAUUCAGUUUAUUUAGAGACUCAUUUAUAUGGUACUGGUGAUGUAGUAAGAUCAGAUACUAUUAGAAUGCAACCGUCUCUAUCUCCUGAUGCACCACAGAUAGCAGUAACUAUGGUAGGACUUGAAGAACGGCGCCAGUUAGAAAAAUUAACUUGUGAUUUAGUCAAUAAACGAGAUAGACUAAUUCGUGCUGUAGGACAUAAAUUAAAACGUAUAGGAGCUUUAUCUCAUCCUGUUAAAGCUGAAAAAGAUGAGGAUAUAAUUAUCGGUGCUCAUACUCUGACUAGAGUAGAAGAAUUAUUAGAGGAAUGUUUCCUUGGUCUGGAACAAUAUAUAGGACAGUUAAUAGCCUAUGUAUCAUGGCAAUGUCCUCAAUCUAAUCCUGAUAUGUGUGUUAGUGGUUAUAAAGUGCUAAUUGAUGGUAAACAAUAUGGAAACGCCUUACAUGCUGGUGUUAAAACAGUUAAAGUUAAGUUGGAUCUUAGUGAACCCAGUUAUAAGUUGACCAUGGUAGCUAUGACAGACAAACCACAAGGUUGUAGUGAUGAAUCUAACAUGGUAGAACUACUCACCUCACCAUUUAAACCAUUCUCAUUCUAUUGUUACCAUGGUAUUCAUAACAAAACAGCCAAAUGGCCCAAUCCUGGUUGCUGUAAAUUUGAAGAUUCUACUUCCUAUGAACGACAGGUAGCCAAGAAAUUAGCCAAUCAGGGUUUAUUACAGAAACAUGUACCACCCCCUGUAUGUAACAUAUUAGAUAUAUUUGAUGGAGAUUUUAAACCAUUCAUGUCAACUCAUAAACCACAGUUCCCUACAGUAGUCUUGUUCUGGACACCUUGGUGUGAAGCUUCCAAGAAAAUAUUUGAUCAUUUUAUCAGAUUUGCCAAAUCUUCAAACAGUGAGGCCAGUUUUAUUGGUGUAACAUGUGGUAUAUCUGGUAUACAAGCUACCAAUAGAAAGUACCUAGCUGAUCUAUUAACAGCUAAAGGAUGGAGAGAUGAUAAUUGUGUGUGGCAUGUCACCAGUGAAUGUUCUUCUAGUAGAACUAGAAAUGAUAUCAUUUAUAACUCUUCAGGAAGAGAUAUAGAUAUCAAUGAGGAAGAAAGAGACAAACAAAUGGAUUUAACAGAAUUAUUAGGAGUUGUUGGUGUACCUACUAUGUUUAUUAUACAUCCACAAGGGUACAUGGCUUGGCAUGGACGUUACUGUGCAUACGACUAUACAUCAUUUAAUGGUUUUAUGAAACAUACCCUGAAUGAAGUAAUACAUCAACCCUGUCCUGUAUCUAAUUGUGAUUGUUGUAAUAACAAUAUGUCUAUUGAUGAAGAGGCGCUAGGAUUCCUAGCUCAUGAACCAAAAAAUUCCACAGCUAAAAAUGUGAGAAUAGCAUUUGAUGACUCAGCAUUAUUAUCAAUACAUGGUGGAAGGAACAUGUCUCCUACUAGAGAUGAUACUAGUAGUGGUUCAGAUAGAAUAUUUAUCAGACAUAAACCAGCUUAUAAGAAAAGUAACUCAAGAAUAUCAGUGGAUCAACGACCUAUCUCAGCAAGUUCAUUACCAGUCCAAUAUCACCGUAGUCCAUAUUUAGCUCAUGUUACUGGAUCUUCACCUAAACAGUCACGAUUUAGCGCCAGACCUUCUAGUGCCAGAAAGUCUAAUUAUUGA